GCGCCGCGGAGAUGGAGCUGAGGGAGCCGGCGGGGCUGCUGUGGGGCUGAGCUGCCAAGGGAGGGCGAGAGGAAGGAAGGGCGGAAGGAAGGAAGGGCGGGAAUUUCACGGUGGCGGCCUGCGGUGUUGCGGCCUCUUCCUCGGCCGGAGGAGGGGUGGGCUUCGAGGAACGGCAGCGGCUGCAGCUGGGCUGGUCCCGGGGCCCGGCCAGGGGCGGAGGCGGGAAAGCGAGAGGAUGAUGCGCCCGGCGCGGCGGCGCUGCUGCAGCCGAAGCCGCCCGAGAUCCGCUCCGCGACCAGCCUGGGCCACUCGCUAGUCAGGGCUGGAGGCGGCGCAGGACUGCCAGGGCCCCGCGGCCGAAGAGGGGCGGCUGGAGGGAGAGCGCCUGCCGCCCAGGCUUCAGCCCGGGAGCGGCGGCGGCGUGGCCAUGCCGUGGCUGAGUGGAGGACGCCGGCGGCGACGGCAGCAGCAACAGCAGCAGCAGCAGGCGGCGACGAUGGGACAAGGGACAGGGCAGCCGGCAGUCGUGUCAGCAGCAGGCGGCGGCGGCGGGCUGCGGGGCCGGGAGAGCUCGGAACUACCUCUGCCCGCGGGCUGGGAAGAGGCGAGGGACUACGACGGGCGCGUCUUCUACAUCGACCACAAUACGCGGCAGACUUCGUGGAUCGACCCGCGGGACAGGAUUACGAAGCCUUUAACUUUUGCUGACUGUGUAGGCGAUGAGCUGCCUUUAGGAUGGGAAACUGUUUAUGAUCAACAAAUUGGUAUUUAUUACAUGGACCAUAUCAAUCAACUCACACAAAUUGAGGAUCCAAGAGAGCAGUGGAGAAGAGAGCAGGAGCGCAUGUUAAAAGAAUAUUUAAUUGUUGCCCAGGAGGCACUUAAUGCCAAAAAGGAAAUUUACCAAAUUAAGCAGCAGCGUUUUGAGCUAGCACAGGAAGAAUACCAGCAGCUUCAUAAAUUGUGUGAAGAUGACAGUCGCUCUUAUACAAGUACAUUCUCUGGAUUUUCAACCAAUACCAAAUAUGACCCAUACCAGAUUAAAGCAGAAAUAGCAAGUCGACGUGACAGACUUUCUAGAUUAAAGCGAGAAUUGGCACAGAUGAAGCAAGAGCUACAGUACAAAGAGAAAGGCGUGGAGACAUUGCAAGAGAUUGAUCGUAAGAUAUCAAAUGCCCAUAUGAAAUAUAAACUGGACGAAGCCCAAGCAAUAAUGAAUGAACUCCGAACCAUCAGAAAGGCUAUUUGUAUGGGUGAGAGAGAGAGACAAGACUUAAUGCAGAGUCUGGCCAAGCUGACAGAGGGAUUCAGGAAUAGUUGUUGUAUUGCAGAAUCUCUGCAGGAUCUUCAGUAUAAUUCUAGCUCACACAGUGACUCCUGUUUACCUCAACAACAAUGUGAUGCUUGUUCUCAAACUGACAUCAUUGGGGAGUUUGGAUUUGAUGAUAAAACAAGGCUUGGUGAUGGAGAAAGACUGGCCCUGCAAUAUGAAGAGGCCCAAAGGAGAGUUUCCAAUAUACAGCAACAACUGGCCCUGUUAGAUAAUGAAUCCUGGCCAGGGAUGGUAGAGGCAGACAGGGAUCGUCUUCAGCUCAUCAAAGAGAAAGAGGCUCUCCUACAAGAUCUGCAGCUCAUCAGUCAGCAGCGGCGGUCACCCGAAGACAUUGAACGUUUGGAGGAUGAAAAAAGGCGUUUGGAGGAUGAGAUCCAGCAGGCUAGGGCCAGCUCUUCUCAUGGUGCUGCUGAAAGGAUACUAUUACAAGAGAAGACUAAUUGUCUGCUCAUGCAGCUGGAAGAAGCAACUCGUUUAAGUUCCUAUUUAAAGUCCCAGUUGAAAAGCUUGUCUGCCAGUACCCUGACAAUAUCUUCUAGCGGCAGCAGAGGGUCAUUGGCAUCCAGCCGUGGAUCGUUGGCUUCCAGCAGGGGCUCUCUUAGCUCUGUCAGCUUCACAGAUAUCUAUGGUCUUCCUCAAUAUGACAAAUCAGACAGUGUUAUUGACUAUGGGCAGCCCAUAAGAUUUGAUAUAGUUCCAUUUGAUUGUCCCAGUAAAGACAUACAGUAUGUUGACUCCAUUGGACCUUCUAGUUUCAGUAAACAGAGAAGAUCUUUGGAUACACCUCUGUCACUGGCAUCCCUGUCAUCACGGUCGUCUCUAUCCUCAUUAUCUCCUCCAAGCUCCCCCCUGGACACUCCCUUCCUCCCAGCUUCUCAAGAUUCCCCAUUAACCCAGAAGUCAGAAGGAUAUGAGGAAAUGAUGGGCACAGGCACCUUAGAAGUGCUUCGAGCUCAUGCUUCUGUUUUGGGUGAAGACAAAUCACAAGAAACAUCUAAGGCUCAUGAUUAUUUCCCAGACAGUGAAGGACUGCAACCGGCAAAUAUUCCAACCUCUGGAGUUGUGACUCUGCGUGAAGACAGUGCUAGAAGGUUGGAGAGGAGAGCCAGGCGAGUCUCAGCAUGUCUGUCCAAUUAUUCACUGGCUAGUGACAGUGGCGUGUUUGAAGCUUUAAGCAAAAGGCAUGAGGAUGUUGAAGAAUCAUUGUACAGUGAUGUAGUCAAUGAAGAGCCCAAAAUACAGGUUGGAUUUCUGCAUGACAGCGGAAAGGAGUGCCUGCUGGUUCAUGUGCUACAACUAAUGAAUUUUACUGGUCUUGCUGUGAAAGAAGGCUGUAAAAUACAUGUGAGAAUAUAUUUACCAUCUCUUGAGUCUGGCACUCCGACCACUUAUUGUUCUAGAGCUUUGGAAUUCCAGACUCCCUUAAUAUUUAAUGAAGUCUUCCAGAUCCCUGUGCAUUCAAGUAUCCUGAAGCUGAAAUCACUACAGCUUUAUAUCUGUUUGGUUGGCCAGCAGCAAGAAGAAGAAUUGUUGGGCAUUGCUCAGAUUAGCCUAGCUGGCUACGAGAGUUCAAAUGAGAUGCAGCUUAACUGGUACCCUAUUCAGAUCUUCAGUCGCUCAGAUUAUCAGCUGACUAAGGACAAUGCCAAGUGUGAAGAAAGUGCUUCUCAGUGUUCUGAAAACAAAACUACAGUGAAAAUGGAUGCUGUGACUGCCCUAUUAGCUAAGACCAAAGCUCAACUGAAGGCUGUAGAAAGAGAACUAGCAAAGGAGACAGUGAAACUGGAAUACACAGAAGAUGAAUUAGUAGAGAUGGAACAAAAAGAAGAUCAGGUGGAAGCUGUGUCAGAGAGGAGUUGGCAAGCAGAAUCAGUGGACAGUGGAUGUAGUAAUUGCACACAGAUCAGUCCUCAUUACCCAGAGGCUUAUUGUGGAGAAACACUACAUAUGUUUGUAGCUCAGACAGAUGAGUAUACCUCUGGAAAAGUCCAGCCUUCUCCUCUAAAGGUGGAUAAGGAGACCAACACAGAAGAUCUCUUCCCCGAAGAAAUGGCUUUGCUUCACAAAAGCAGAACAAGCCGUCGAUCCAGAGGGUCUGCAUUUGUUCGCAGUAGCACUAUUGUUCGCUCACAGACAUUCUCUCCUGGUGCACGAAGUCAAUAUGUUUGUCGACUGUAUCGUAGUGACAGUGAUAGUUCGACCCUGCCAAGAAAGUCACCCUUCAUCCGAAAUACUUUGGAAAGGCGAACACUGCGUUAUAAGCAGUCCUGUAGGUCAUCGUUGGCUGACCUCAUGGAAAGGACAUCACUAGACCUGGAGCUGGAUCUCCAGGCCAUCAGAACAAAGCAGAGACAGCUGAAUGAGGAUAUAUGCACUCUGAGAGAGUUGCAGCAACGCCUGGAGGAUGCACAGUGUAGAGGGCAGACUGAUCUGCCUCAUUGGGUCCUUCGGGAUGAACGAUUCCGAAACUUGCUGAAGGAAGCAGAGAGGCAGACAAGACAGACCAAAUUUGAACAUCGUCAACAACAAGCAGCUGAAAAAUUGCUCAAGAAAGCAUCCAAGGAAGUGUACCAAUUACGUGGUCAAAACCAGAAGGAGCCUAUUCAGGUGCAGACCUUCCGGGAGAAGAUGGCAUUUUUUACAAGGCCAAGGAUCAACAUACCUCCUCUGCCAGCUGAUGAUGUAUGACAUGUUACUUUGUAAACAUGAAGUAUUUCUCUGCUUGUUCUUAUUUUUAAAAUGAAGUUACUAGACUAGUUAAGUUUAUUUUGUAAAAUUGUUGUGCAAAGACUAUUAAUAUACACAUUUUGUAAAAAAAAAAGUUAAAAGUACACAAAAACAUAUAUAUAAAUAUAUACAUAAAUAUAUUAUAAUAGUGACCGCAGCAAGGCUUGGUUUUUCCUUGUUGUGAAAUUGACAUCUCUGAUGACAACUUAUUUUAUAUUAAAAAAAUCAGCUAUCCUGUUAGAGCGUGUACAGUUUUUAUGCAAUUUUAUUUGACUUAAAAGGCUGGAAGACAGAAACAAAGUGAGUUCAGGCAAAUUCACUGUAUUGUAAUUUAUUUAUAGUAACAUUUUCCUUGAAGGAAAAUAUCUACUUUAAGAUGUAUUUUAAAGACUGAAAUUUUGUUACUCAGUAUUUGUCAUACAGUAGAAUGGAACCAUUGAGCUGGUUUUGUUUCUGAUAGCUGAAAUGAAAAUACGAUGUUCUAAAUUUGUCACUUUUUAAUCAGCUUUGCUAUAACAUGUAUCUUUGGCAAUGUCUGAAAUCAAAAUAUCACCUGCAAUGUUUUUUUUUUAAAAAUCCAUUAAAAUACCAUUAAACAUUGCAUGGUGCACCUGCAUUUCCUUAUUGUGCAUUAGUAGAUUGUGCUUAUUUCAGUGGUGUCAAAUAUUUUUUAUGACUGACAUUUUUUUUCUGUUUAACGAGGGAACGAACAAGGUGACAGGUCUCUAGUUAGCUGUUUUAGGAAAGGGCUUUUUGAGCUCACUGUAUUAAUAGGUAAUAGAGUAUUAAUAGGGUUUUUUAUGCAUAUGUAACAAAAAUCAUUUAGGUCCGGAUUCAGGAAAUCAUCCCAUAUCACAGAACUACUCAUUUCUUGAGAGUUCGUCAUAGCUGUUACAUUCCAAACUUUAUUAUCUUCACUAGAAUACCUCUUUCUUAAAGUAUGUUUUUUAAAAAAACUGAUUUUGCCUCUGAUGCUUAAUCCAGUGCCCCAGUGAGGUGGGACUUGUUUUAUAUAGUGUGGAAUAUGAUACAACUUAAACAGCAGCUUGUUUGGAGAAGCACAGUAAAAAGUAAUGUGGCUUUUGGCUGUGUCUUAGCUGAAGUCAGAAUGUUGUCCACUCUACAGAAUAAUCCAGAUUUUGUACCUGCCCUUUUCAGUUUCUGCGCUUUAGCAGAAAAUCGUCUGUAUAUUUUCAGUUUUUUUCUGAUUACGUCUCGGUUACUAGAAAUCCACUUGAGUUUUUUGGUUUGCUUGAGAUGAAAGCCAGGGCUUUUCAGGAUUCCACAUCUGCUGCUAUGCAAAUUCAACUGUGUGGAAUAUUCUUACAAAUUUACAAGUAUAAACCAAAAUGCUAGAGAUGAAUUUAUUUUUAAAACUUGUUGAUAAUUCUUUCAUUUGUUCAGUUUCUGUUUAUUUCUACUCUUUGUUUUUCUUCUAUGUCACUCAUCAUUUUACACUGUAAUCCUAACUUCCACUGUACUUGCAACAUUUUUGGCCUUAUAUACAUUGCCAUUUUUGGCCUUAUAUUGCCAUUUUUGGCCUUAUAUACAUUGCCAUUUUUCUAGCACUAAUAAUGGAUUAAUCUCCUUGAAUAGUGCAUGGUCUGGAACAGAACUGAGAGUUACACUGAUUGGUUUGUCUCUGGUCAUGCAGCUCUAAAAACAUAAGGACACGCGUCUUCUGAAGAGGGGGCAAUGAUUUCUGCUUCUUUCCUACCUCCAGGGUAGACCUUCACUUUGUCCCUGUGGCGUUCCUGAAGGUUAUCCAAAACAAAAGUGGUGGUGGUGGGGUUCAGGGAACUGCAACAGAAAGAGGGAGCAGAAAAGUCCACAGAUGAUUGGAUACACACUGCUGCUAUAGUUCCUUUAAAAUUGGUAAAAUGGCAAUAUAUAUAUACUAAAAUCCAGUUGUUAAAUUUCACCUUAGAUCUGUUCUUCAGUUGGGCUCUAUAGAAUUGAAAGAAAAAGUUCCUUAGCCUUUAGAACAAUUGCUUGUACUUUCUGUUAAAGUUUAUUAACAUUGAACUGUCACCUUUAAAUUCCUGAAAGCGCCACUUUUUUGCAUCUUGCAAGUGUAUGAAAAUGUUAUGCUAUUUUAUUCAGCUUCAAGUUUCCAAAGAAUUGUGUCCAGAAAAGCAAGCCUUUUUUUAGUAAAAUCUAUACAGUUUUUAUAUAGGACAUCAUCAAGUCAAACUUUCGGUUUUACUCACAAUCUCAGAAUGCCUUAAGAAGGCCUGAUACCAAAGAAAGUCAUCAUUAUGUUAGAAACAAAUCUAUAUUCCCUGCAGUAUUUGGAAUACAAAUAUUGUGUUAAUGUUAUGCAAACCAUUAAAACUUCCAUUUUCAGUUUGGUGAUAGUGAUUAAGCAGCAUAUACUGCAAAUAAUUAUAAUUCAGAUAAUGUCUGAAUAUGUUAACAUGAAAUUUUGGUUAUGUGAAUCACAUCUCUGUUUUCAACUGAUUAAAAAAACUUACACGUAAUCAUAACUCAAAAUAAAAAUGUUUGGCAUUGUCAUCCAUGUCUGUUCUAUAGCAUCUCUUGGUGUGUUAAAUUUUAAAAAGUGACCCCAGAAUAUUAAAACAAGCUAACAGGAAGAAACUGUUGAAGCUGGGAUGGAAGCCUAAAGGAAAAUAACAUUAUUUUCAGUAGUUGGGAAGAAUGAAAAUUAUUUGUUUACAUGGCUGCCAUUUAAAUGUCAGUAUUUUUAAACAGUCAUCAGGUAAGGGUCUUGAAUUACUGCAUUCUUGUACAGGGUAAUCCUUGAUCUAUUGGGGUUAAGUUUCAGCAGCUCUAAUGCUCGUUUGGAAUGUAGUAAUAGAAGGCUUCCCCAUUUUUCUUUUUCAGUGUCAAUCCUAAGCAGAGUUACUCCACUGAUUUCAAUGGGUUUAGACUAAAAAAACUCUGCUUAGAAUUCCGCUGUAGGUGUAUGAUUAGUGCACGUACAGAGCAGCUUCCUUCAUCAUUAUGCGUGAGCAUAAUGACAGAGCAGUUUGUUUAAACAUUUUGACAUUUGUUGUGGAAAAUUGUGAUCAACUUUUGUUUGUGUAUGUUAAGUCAAGCUGCGUAAGUGGAAUUGUGCCUACUUUUGGAUCUCCCUGCUAAAAGUGUUGCUGGGCUAUAGUGGUGGUCACUGUACAGUAUCCCCAGUGUUAAGGGAGGGCAGAAGUUUGACUGUCAAAUGAAUACUAUUUCAGUGUGUUAAAAAUAAUAUACUUUUCAGUAUUCAUUUCUUGUGUUUGUCACAGUUGCUGAAUGCUUGUGUCAUUUAUAUUUGAAAAGUAUUCUGUGAAAAUAAAAGAAAAACUUGCCAUAAAGACA